UGGAAAAGUUCCACCCACACCAAAGAGCACAGCUCAGCUCGCCGCGUUCAGCCCCAGCUGCCGCUGACCUAGACGCAUCACCAAUACAACCCUCCACAAGAUGUCGUCGCCACUAAUGCAACCCGCCAAACUCCCCUUCCUCUUCCACAUCGCCAUCGAGACCGCCGCCGCAUGCUCCUUCAUCCUCAAGCCCGACAGUCAGCUGACUAACCCACCCGUCGCCGUGCAGCUGGUGCUACAGCAGUUCGGUGGGUUAUUGCUGACCACGAACCUGAUCUGCCUCAUCUUCGUGUCGCGGCCAUUUGACGAGACGAGCAGGCAGGUCGCGGCGGCGCUGGCGUUUUGGCAUGUCUGGCCUUGUUGGCGCGCCUAUGUGCGGUUGAAAAGGCCCGAGGUGGAUGAUCUGGGGAAGCAGAAGGGGAAACAAAAGGGAGAGGUGAAGGCUACGCGGAGAACUCUUGGAGGGCCGGCUGUUCAUCUUGCGGUGCAUGUUGGCAUGUUUUUGAUGUUUGCAAAGACCGUUUUCAUGUGAUGGUCUAGAGCGUGACCGCUACUGCAUGAGGAGUUCGGAAUUUGACACUAAGGUUGUUGCUCCGAUAUUGAGAGAAACCUAUGUGAACUCAAUGCCUGAGUGACUUUGGCAUGGUAAACCCGACGUCUCUGUUGGCGCUAUCACGCAUUCAAACAAUCCCAACUCAUCACAACCUCCCCUCUUCUCAUAGAGUCGACGAUACA